AUGGCCAAGCAUCAUCCUGAUUUGAUUAUGUGUCGAAAGCAGCCAGGGAUUGCCAUUGGACGACUGUGUGAAAAAUGUGAUGGCAAGUGUGUGAUUUGUGACUCUUACGUGCGUCCUUGUACACUCGUCCGAGUUUGUGAUGAAUGCAACUACGGAUCGUUUCAGGGUCGAUGUGUCAUAUGCGGAGGAGUAGGAAUAUCUGAUGCCUACUACUGCAAGGAAUGCACGCAGCAGGAGAAAGAUAGAGAUGGUUGCCCCAAAAUUGUUAAUUUAGGAAGUGCCAAAACUGAUUUAUUUUAUGAACGCAAAAAGUAUGGUUUUAAAAAAAGAUGA